GUGGGGUGAUGUGGGACGCCGCACGCUGCACACAAACCCUUCAGCAUGUAUUCUGCUGGCAGAAUUGUUUUCCAACUUCCGCAAACAAAUCUGAAGAAAACAGAAACAUCACUUUCCCAACAGGAAGGGAGGCGAGACGGACGGCGAGGGAAGUUAACCUCCAUAUCUCAGGAAUCCGCGCCCCCCACCUCCCCAAAUGCUGCCGCCCCUGACUCGUCCUGUUGUGAAACCCCCGAUGGCCGUGGCCGCCGCCGCCUUCCUCGAAGUUGACCGCUACGCCCGCUUCCCACUACACCUCUCCCUUUGCGCCAAGGCUUUCCCCCUCCCUCGCCGCCCGCCGUCCGUCCUCCGCUUCCGGCUCCUUCUAGUCCGCCCCUCUCGCCGCCUCUCCGCCGCCUUCCUCCCCAUCGGCGGUUCCGCCGCGCCCAAGGUCGACCACCACGACGAGGACGCUCUCGAGGGAGUGGAGGCUACGGUUUCGGAGCAGCACGGGAAGCAGGGGAGCCAGCUGCGGAAGCGGGUGGUCUUCGGGCUCGGCAUCGGACUGGGUGCGGGAGGAGUUGUGGUGGCUGGGGGAUGGGUGUUCACGGUGGCGGUGGCGGCCGCGGUGUUUGCCGCAGCCCGGGAGUACUUUGAGUUGGUCCGGAGUCGUGGGAUUGCUGCCGGGAUGACACCGCCACCAAGAUACGUGUCGAGGGUUUGCUCCGUCAUCUGUGCUCUCAUGCCCAUUCUCACUCUGUAUUUUGGUAACAUAGAUGUUUCAGUCACAUCAUCCGCUUUUAUUGUUGCAAUGGCAUUGGUACUACAGAGAGGAAAUCCACGUUUUGCACAACUAAGCAGUGCUGUUUUCGGCCUCUUUUACUGUGGUUAUCUUCCUUGUUUCUGGGUGAAGCUUCGUUGCGGUCUGGCAGUUCCUGCAUUAAACACCAAAUUAGGACGUGUAUGGCCAGUUGUCCUUGGUGGGCAAACUCAUUGGACGGUUGGACUCGUUGCAACCUUGAUAUCUAUUAGCAGCAUAAUUGCAGCAGACACAUUUGCCUUUAUAGGUGGAAGGGCAUUUGGUCGUACACCCCUUACUAAUAUUAGUCCAAAGAAGACUUUGGAGGGAGCUUUUGCUGGUCUUACUGGCUGUAUAUUGACUGCUGCGCUGCUGUCAAAGAUUUUAUGCUGGCCUACAACAUUAUUAAGUGCAUCGGGUUUUGGAGUUCUAAACUUCAUGGGGUCUUUGUUUGGUGACCUGAUCGAAUCCAUGAUUAAACGUGAUGCUGGUGUUAAAGAUUCGGGAUCUCUAAUUCCUGGACAUGGAGGUAUCCUUGAUAGGGUGGACAGCUAUGUGUUCACUGGUGCUCUUUGUUACUCCUUUGUCAAGAUUAUGCUACCUCUCUUUGGUGUUUAGUCGGCAAGAUUCAGAUGCUGAGGAGUGUUCAAGUUUUCAUCAUGGAAGAAAUCCAAGUGAGAAUAAGCAACUGCUUCUGAAACAGGAAAGAAUAUGGCACUCUCAAGAGGAAAGAAGUUUUGGAACCAGUUUGCUAGUUGUAAGUACAAUGUUUUGGUUGAAGGUAACAUCUCACUGCUGCAGAUGGCACAUUUAUUUUUUUCUCUCACAUAUUAGAUUAUUGUUUUCAUUAUUCUCCGGUAUGACCCGGCUGCUCACAAAACCUGAGAGGAUCACACUGUGUAUAAACUCAUCAUCAUCUAAACAUCUGUAUUAUACAGUGAAAACGAUAAUGAUGAGCUCAUACAAUAUUUAUUGCCAA